GCGGACGCCGUAUUCAGAUGAUGUUUUUUCGUUUGCAAUACAAACCGGAAAGCUGGGGGGCUUUAAUAAACUUCCCGGGAUUUUCCUCGCCCCGUUCGAAUAACUGUUACCUAUUAGCUGUCAAGCGCACGCUUACGAGUUUAACAAGUCACGCGAAUAUAUGUAACGCAGCACUAUACAUAUGUAUAAAUCUGAGAUGUAGAUGUAAGGGCAAAGGUACAAAAUAUGUCGUGGGAAAAGGGGAUGAAACGGAAACAUUUAAAAUAUAAUAUUUCGUGUUGUGACUUGACGGGCACUUUACAUGCAUCAUUGUUUCGAAUCGAAUCAAUUCGAAAGGUUGCAAAAUCUAAGGCUCGACCAAGAUAUCGGCUCGUUUCGUAAGGAAGGUGCAAAAAAUGAGCAAGCAAACGAUUCUAAUCGGAACGGUUGUGACGGCACGUCUGUGCUGGCGUCGCGAUGCACUAAAGGAGUAUACGUAUCUACAUAUGUACGUUGGUGUCAUUAAUGAAACGCGGUGGCAUGAAGUAUCCUACAGUGUAUCAUCGAUGUCGAUGAACAAUGGCCGGCCGGGCUCCGGCGUGUUAUUCGAGCAUCUAGUUAUACACGGUUAUUCAGAAAAUUGUGCUUGAAUGAAGUGUGCAUGGCUGAUUAAAUAAUACCAGGACAGUGCAAUAACGAUUUCAUCAAUUUAUUGCGCAUCAUCGAUUGAACCUAACUCUGGCUCUAUUAAUUUACCGAGAUUGGGCCCAGAGGGCAUCAAUUUGUAGCCGUCGGUUUGCUAACAGCACGCGCUUCGCCAAAUUGCGAGGCCGCGAUGAAUCGACGAAUAGGCCGUGAUACCGGCGGAACUCCGUCCCCAAUUUUCCGUCCACAAAAUUAUAAAUUCAAUCAUAGAACGUGAAUGUAAAAACAAGGGAGAAACGGAAAACACCUUCUGUCAACUGUUGCCGGUUUUCGAUCAUGACAAACCGGAUGAUCCGUAGUUUCGAACAAAGAAUAUCGCGUACCUUUCACGAUCUAUUUUGAAAGUGCACAAAAUGAAGCGACCUGAAGUGAAUAAAAUGAAAUCGCGGUAACGAAGGAAAGGUCUUUCGCGGUUUUACCGCUUGACACAGGGACGAACCGUGACACCGUGACGUCGCGAACACUUUAAGUCGGAAAUGUCGAAUUGUGAAAUGUUUUCACUCGACUCGGCACGAAAAGCGCACACUAAUGAAUUUGGGAAAGGGCCUGUAAACAUUCGCUGAUUGCUCGAUUCGUUCCCGUACGAAUAAAUACUGGGCUUGUGGCAAACCGGGAAUACAGCAACUGGAUGCCAUCCUUGUUUCGAACUCCAUCGUGCUACGCUUCCAGUUUUUUAAAAAUAGUUUCGUUACAUUCAUAUUCCAUUUUUUAGAUGAGUAAUAAAACUUACAAUAACGAGGGGAUGAGUUUUAUGACGAGUCGUAAUCUCAUCCCGUAGGGAAUCGUUCACAUCGUAUUAUAUUUUCUUCGGCUGCAAGGAAUUUAAUUAUUACUUCUUUUCCUAAAAUAUUAAACAUUUUUUAAUAAAACUAAAAAUAACGAUAUUUGAUGAAUCGAUUUCUUCUAAUAUUUCACACAAUAAGUUAUUAAACGUAUACACCGUAAAGAGAGUAACGGAAUGAAACGAUACAAGUCGAAAAGGCAAGAUAUUAUGUCAAUGUUCAUUUUUUAUGUGAAAUAAACGAAAAGGAAAAGCAGCUGCUGGUUAUGCAGUCAUUGUAUGACCAGAUCGACAGUUUUCGAACUCAAUAUUUCCUCUCGUUUUAGCAAAGAAGUUAUUAAUAAAACUGUUUUCCCGUUCAGCAACUAAUGAUUAAAAUUCGUCGAAACAUUGUGUACACGGUUACUACGAAACUAAUUCGCUAUAAUUGGAAGAUUUUUUGUCCGAUACGUUCGAGUCUUGGAAGGAUGUAACCCAUUUUCCGUAUCAGAAACGUGAAAGAACGAGGUGGCGGGGGAUGGGAAAAAAGGAAGUGAAAGGGAGGCAGAGACGCGAGCCUAAGAAAAACAAGUCCUCGUCAUUGUUGUCGUCGACAAUGUAGCUAUACAUCUCCAUCGAAACACGUAUCGCAACGAACUCGUAUAGACGUUGCGUUAAACUGCGAAGAAAGCGAAGCACGAGAGUCGUUGUUCACAUGGAAACUGGAGUGAGUUCACGGAGAAGUAUGUGCUGGAAAGGAACAGGCCGUAGCUGAAGGGGAUUACAGGAGGCAGAAUACUGGAAAGAGCAUCGCCACAGCUAUCGACUCUUACUUAGUCAUCUUCUUCGCUGCGGGUAUAUAUCUUCGUGGUUCCGAAUAUACAGCUUCCAUGCAAUCAACCAACUUACCGAGUGGGAGACGAGGAAUCGUAGUACAAUUGAUCGAACCAACGAGAAGUUGUUAGGCCCGCUUCAGACGAUCGUUAUAUUUUUGCUGCGAAUUUGUAUACGUUGACUACGUAGAUAGACAUGUUAACGAGGGAAAAGUUGCUCAUCUGAAGCCAGGUUCAAUUUCUUUCCCACCGUCGUACCCUGUCACAAUGAUUUCGAUCUCGUAGUUUAGGUCAUUGAAGACCAGUGAAAUGUCCAAGAGAGAAAGUAACAUCCGUCGUUAUAUCGUCGACUGCAACGUCAGACUUUGGGAGUUGCGUUUGCUAAGACGGUAAACAGGAAUACGAUCGAGCAAUGCGCAAUUAAAAAAAGGAAAGCAAAUCUUAUUUCUAAUCGAAUCAUCGGCGGAGUUCAUUAUCAGCCGUUCCGGGAUUUGCCCCGCUGCACAGUUGUCUCAUCGACUUUCCACGGCGCGCCGUGCGACGGCGUUUUCCCUCGAGGGAGAGACCGUUUCCCGGCCAGGCACGAGAAAGAAGGAUUAACUGUGCGUCGGCGGAGCAAAAGUAGAAUGGGAACGAGGCGGAGACCAAGGAGUCGCGUGCCAGACGGUCGUCUACCUCUGCCUAUGACUCGUUUCGCAGCUCUAAAACGCGCGUAGAUGUGCCUCUUCCUUUCAGCGACAGCGCGGUUGGAGGAAAAUGAGGAAUGUCUGCUUCGUCUGGUACCUAAUCUAGGUCAACGGAAUUGAAUGUAAAAUCAAGACGUAUUAUUCUAGUUGCAUUGACAAGACCAAAUCUAUUCAAAGUAAUACCAAGUACGGUACUGUGGCUAUAAAUUAAAUAUUCACCUAAUGAGAAUGUGCAGAUCUAACUUUACGUUGUGCAGUAGUUUAAAUGACUGAUGUUGCAUAUUAAAUUUUAAAGUAUUUUAAGCACAGCUGCAUUUAAUUCUGUUUCUAAUAUUCCCUACCAUUAAAAAUGCACCUUUCAAAGGUGCGAAUGUAAUGGAAUACAUUAUUCGUUUCAUGUCUAGAAAUGUAUAGCAACGAAUAAAGUUCCAGUCUAAAUCAUCAAGCGAUUACACGAAAAAAUGCAGUGAAACGCGUAUUAUUCAAAUUUAAUGAGUUUGUAUCACUCGGAUAUCGAAUUUUUUGAUACAUUCAUUCCUUACGCCCAAUUACAAUCGCAUUUUGAACGGAUAUGCAAAAAUGAUAUUGAGUAAGUAUACGAUCUUGCGCCUUGCCAUUCCUUUAUUCGUACGAGUUCACGAGGCACGCUCGAAGAAUUUGUUCCCGCGAGCCUGAAAUUCCGCUUUCUCGACUCCUCCUAAGCGCAUUCUAGUUCCUCUCUAUCUAGCUAACAAGUCUUACUUUAAUAGUAGGUAUACACGGUUUGCUGCGUGUACGUGAUUGCACGAGGUGGCAUAUAAAUAAGCGAUUUGAAGAAACGGUUAGAACGCUGCCGUUGUUGAAUUAUCCUCGGCGAUCGAUCAUGCUUUUAUCACGUAUUACAACGAUGAAUCCGGGUGCGAGAGAGGCUGAACACCAACCAGGAAGUAAUAGACGAAGUGAUAGAGUUGAACUCGGUGAAUUUUUAUGGAUAAAUCGAUGUUGCACGCGGAAAGGGCAAAGUGGUGAGAGAGGGGAGCGGUCGGUGACGCGCGUGCAAGAGGAAAGGAAGGGAAAAUAGAGAGAGAGAGAGAGCGCGUGAGUUGAACAGGAAGGCGCGAGACUGGGCCGUGGGAAGGAACGAGACAAAGGUUCAAGCGACUGAGGAGAAGGGAGACGCAGCAAAAGAGAGACGGAGACGAGUGAGGUGAAAUGUGUGCACGCGCUGCUCCGUGUAACAGAGACGGCGAGAAGUAAAGGGCGCUAAAAUCUGGGGCGGGGAUAGAUCCGGAGGCUUUUGCGCUGUACACGCGACCUUGAAUGCCAGCCAGCCUAGACCUUGCCACAGCUCUUUCGCAUGGCUUGUACUAGUCCAGAGACCACUUCGUUCCCUACAUACGAUUUCGACCUUUACGCGGUGUUAUUCCUGUAUUAUUAAAAUGUGGACAUGUGAUAUGUGAUAAGUGUGAAAGAGGUUGCAAUGAAAAGCUUUGUCCUUUGUGCAAUAUGGUUUCAACGUCUGCCGAAAACCAAACUUCCUCCUUGCCGUUAAACAUAUAUGCUCUAGGAUUAAUGAUCAUGUCACACAAUAGACCAAUUGAUGUAGACGAUUGUGAUAUUUCUUUUUCUAAGCCAUACAGUUCAAAAGCAAAACAACAAUCGUUUAUAGGCUUGUGCCAUGAAUGUGGAAUUCAUGCUACUAUAAAGUGUCUACAGUGUGCUGCUCUUUAUUGUCAUAUUUGCUAUGCCAAGAUCCAUAGAAGAGCGUUGCAAAAUCAUACAAAAGUUAUAUUAGGAAGCAACAAAGAGAAUGUGUUCAUUAUAAAAAAUACGUGUUUAGAUACAUGUAGCGAGCCAUUAGGAUAUUAUUGUGAAAGUUGUGACGUAGCUGGAUGUUCACACUGUAUGUUACGCAUGCAUAGCCAGCAUAAGUCCCAGCCGUUAAAACAAAAGAACGAGGAACGCAUGGAAGAAUUCAGUGAGGUGUUUUAUCGGGUCUCUGAGAGCUAUUACAGAAUUCAACAGUCGCGAAAGAAACUAACUGUGCUAUCAUCCCAACCGAGCGAGAUGCAAGAUAUCGUGGAAAACAUAGAAUCUAAAGUCACACAACAUUUUAGUUACUUGCAUGGUGUUCUCCAAAACUUAGAAUCGGAGAUCAUUAACUCUAUACGGAAAUACGAGGAUAUCCGUAAAAAGAAUAUCGACGAGAUUUCCCUAGAGUUAAAGCAACACGAAGAUCGAUUGCAAUCUGCUCUUAUGGCUGAGGCACACAUAAAAAACUCUCUCGACAAGGUAGACAUUAAGCAGAUUAUUGAGCAAUUUGAAACAUUAUCUAAGACUCCUUGCCACUUGGUACUGAAUUCUGCGCCAGACGAUUCAUUUGAAUUUGAAUAUGACAGCAACAUUGUUGAAAUCUUGGAAAAGCAUUGUGCGAUACAUGUUCCGGAAGCAUCUAGUUACACCUUGAAACAAACGGAUUCACUUCCAGAGGAUUACAACUUGGAACCAUACAUUCCGAAAUUGGACAUUAGCGUCUCAAGACAAUCGGAAAAGUCUGUAGCGUCUACUAGAAGCACGGGAAUUAGUCAUUCUCCUACCAUUGGAUCUUCAGAGACGGUACGCGUCAGUCAUGUGGUGGACCCAUCUCAUUUUUAUGUCCAACUGGCCCAAAACCAGAAAAAAAUAAUGGGUAUUACUAAAGGAUUAGAAGUUCUAGUGAACACAGCUGCGACAACGCCAACAGAGAUUACAAUAAAUGAAUUAUAUAUUGUACAACAUUCCGAAAACUCAGAUUGGUAUCGUGCGCGUAUCAUAGACAAGAAAACGCAGGCGAACGGAGAGGAAAGAUACACGGCGACAUUCAUUGAUUACGGCACAAGAGAGGAAAAUGUAUCAUUAAAGAAUAUAAGAAACAUCUCACCGGAAUUAGCUAGUACACCAAUGAUGGCCUUUAAAUGUUCAUUACACGACAUCGUGCCCAACAAUGGUAAAUGGCAUCCGGAGGCCAUUACCACGUUCAAGGAUCUUGUGUUCUCAAAUAUGAUGGUGUCCAUGCGUGUUAUACAUAAUACUGGUGAUACGUAUUAUGUGGAUCUAUGUGUGGUAUCUGCGAAAGACUCCAAUUUGACAUAUGUGAAGGACUCGUUAAUAUACAUGAAAUACGCUACUUGUGUUACGCCAAACAAGUUGAUGAGAAUGAAUCCUGGCUUGACAAAAAAAUAUUACAAGGAACAACUGGAUAUGGAUGCAUUCACGAAAGUUAAUCUUUUGAGUAUUGAUUCGCCUAACGCAAUAUUUGUCGAGAAAGCAGAUGCAAACAGAGCGUAUUUAUGUAACUUGAUACAAGAAUUAACGAACGAUUGCGACCAAGAUGAGUAUUGCAAUUUUACUUCAAUGCCUAGCAAGGGUAUGCCAUGUGCUGCUCGAAGAUCGGACAAAUAUUGGUAUAGAGGUUUAAUACAGGAAGUUACAGAAAAUGCAGCAACGGUCUUUUUCGUCGAUCUGGGACAUACGUUGCAUAUGGAAUAUUCGGAGAUCAAACCGCUUCAUACAAAGUAUAUGAGCUGCACGACACAGGCUAUAAAAGUGAUGUUGAGAAAUAUAAAACCAAAGUCUGAAAAUGACGAAUGGGGAGAAGAAAGCAAAGAAUUUCUGAGAACAGUGUUAAAUAAAACAAAAAGAAUCAGAGUCAUUCCUCACGAAAAAUUCGGAGAUGCCUACAGUGUAACCAUGCUCAUCAACGAGAAAACGAAUGUUGCUCAAUUGUUACUGAAAUAUAAUCUGGCAAUCUCUUACAAUUCGAGCGCAAGGAAUAAUAGAAACAAGAGAAAUAAGAAGCAUGAUAAAUCGUUAAUAAAUACCAUGGGAAAAUGUUUGGAAUUACAGGAUAACGAUCAAUCAUUCAAUGCAAAAUCAGUAAAGUCAAGCGUAAGAAAUUCAGAGAAUAACGAGGAUCCUUUUAAAAUAAAUGUUGAUAUACAUCAAGUGCAGUCUCCAGACUGCAUUUACGUAUCUGAGACCACGUGCGAUCGAAAAGACGUGGAAUCGAUGAUGAGAAGUAUGCAAGAAUUUUACGCCAAGUAUCAUUCGGCAAAGCAUAAUUGGAACAAAGAUAGUGUUUGUACAGUUUAUUUGGAAAAAAGUGAAAUGUAUUAUCGCGCCCGAAUCGUCGAUAUUAAAUCCGAUGAUAAAGUGACCGUAUUUUUAUACGACAUAGGAAUCGAAGAGACUGUUCCGAUGGACAAAAUACAGUCAUUGUAUCCGCGUUACGCGAAUACACCCACACAUAUUUUUAAGAUAAAGUUGACCGGUAUACUGCCUUGUGGUGGAUCUAAUACAUGGCCAACGUUCUCGUGUCAAAAACUGUCCGAAAUUAUAAACAACAAUCACAAUUGCAAGUUUUACAUAUCUAAAGUGGACGAGGAAGAUAUGGAAAAUGGCGCGAUACCCGUUGAAUUAUGGAUAAAACAAUUGGUAAUUGACGGACCCUUGUCGCCGUCCAGAUACGAAAUUAAUUCAAUCAACAGAUUGCUCGUCGAGAACGGAGUCGCCUUGCCAAUAAAAGAAUAUGCGAAAAAGAGGGACAAGAUUUUAGCCAUUGAAUUAAAACGAGAAUUAAGUAAAAAGAUUGAACUUUUGUCCAAGUCCGAGUCGGACGAGAACUGGAUAUCACUAGAUGGUGUUAUCCAAGCAUUAAGUUCUCUAGACGAAUUUGUUAAAAAGUCGUUGUCUACGUCAUCGGAUAUGAAUUCCCACGCGGAAACUAAUGAUGACGAACAGGAUUUUACGGAUUUACUCGAUAAUUUACCAUCACUUCCAAGAUUAUCGUCUUGGCUGCCAGCAGAACCAAUAGAAGCUGACGUAUUUAUCGCCAUACCGACAUAUAUAGACGAUGACGGCUUCGUUUAUCUCCACUCGAUAAACCAAAAUUCACGCUCCCUAAAACAUAUAGAAGAACAAUUGGAAAAUCUAUAUGAGCGGCCUCCAAUAGAAUCGUGUGAUUCGUUAUGGAAUGUAGGAGAUUUGUGCAUUGCACAGUACCAUACAGACAACAAGUGGUAUCGAGGGAAAAUUAUAGAAAUUCUAAACGACGAUGUAGUCAAAGUAGAGUUUGUCGAUUAUGGAAACGUUGAGGAAUGUUCGAUUGGAACUUUAAAAAAGAAAGUAAUUUUGGAAAAUAUCCCAAUCCAAUGUACAAAAUGCACUGUCUACGGUUUAUAUCCGGAAAAUGAAAAAUGGUUGACAAGUGAUUUAGAUAGAAUUCACAAUAUUAUUAUUGAACAAAAGUGUGAAGUAACCGUCAUAGACAGGACUGAGAAGCAUCUCGUUAUCUCCAUCGAUAUCUUGCCGAACAAGUAUUGCAAGAAGAAAACUGAUUUGAUCGCAUAUCUCACACACAAUUGUAAAAUGAAUAUCAAGCCUAUAGAAAACACCUUGAUGGAACAAAGGAUAGCAGCGGAAUCCGAAUUUAUGGAAGAUACGAUUACCGAAUUUAUGGGAAACAUAACACCUUCGUCGGAUGAGGAAGAAAUAGAACCGAUUAUUUGUAACAAUCCUGCGGCAAAUUCGUUCGCAGACACUAUCGAGAAAAGCGACAGUAGUACUACUAUCGAAAACUUUCCUUUGGUUACUUCGACACCUUAUACCGGUUCACAAGAAAUCCUUUCAGACAAGUACAAGCCUCUGAAUAUACCAAAAGAUGUAGUCUACAUUGAAAUAGAAAUGUGCUGCAAUCUUACUGCAACUGAAUUUUUUGCUCACUUACGAGAAAAUGUUCAUUCGACGGUUUUGAAUUCAUACUAUACACAGUACAAAUUCUUAAUGACCGAAUUACAGGAAAAAGCAUCCAAGCAACCAAUGAUUACAACAUUUUCACCCAAUACACCGUGUUGUGCAAAAUUUUCCGUUGAUGAUCGUUGGUACCGUUGCAUUAUAAGUGAAUCUAAACUUGACUUAGAUUCGGGCUAUAUUGUGAUUAAUUUGUUGUAUAUCGAUUAUGGCAACAACGAAUAUAGACAAAUAAAUCCUCAGGAGUGUGAAUUGUACGCUUUGAAAAAGGAAUGGUUAAAUGUACCUCCCAUGUCCAUGAAAUGCAAAUUAUGGAAUAUAGAAAUUGCCCCUACAAUAGAACAGAAUAACCCGGUACUAAUAGCUGAACUGGAGAAAUGUUACAACAGACCCAUCAUAGCUGUAAUCAAAGAACUUAAUGAAAGGUUCAAGAGCGUUGAACUCUACGAGGAUAAAAAAUGCGAAAAACUUUUACUUAAAAAACUUAUCGAAAAAGGUUUACUCGUUCGAAUAAACGAGGAUGAGUGAAAGACUGCUUUUUAAAUGGCGACUACUGUAAUCUAAUUUUUAUUCUUCUACUUUUAGUGACAAGUUUGUUUAUAUUCGUACGAGUUUCAACUUUCAGAAUGAUAUUUUUCAUGUUCCUUACCUAUAUAUACCUUUCAUUAUUAACGUAAACAGAAAUUUCUUUUAUACUAGAUAAUUUACUAUAGCAGAAUACGAUUACUAGACUGCAGAUUUUUAUACGAAAUCAUAUAUAUUUUAAGGAAUGUAAUCUGUUUAUACAGAUAUUUCACUUGAAAUAUUUUUGGAAUCGCACAGUGGGCGCAUUUUCUUUUAUUACAAUUUUCUACAAUCGCAUAGAAAUCCGCAGUGUAAUGAUUGUACAUUAUACUUCCGUAUUUUGUUUUUAAUUCAAUGAACUGUUACUCUUUAUUUAAAAGCAAAAUUUUCAUUACAAUCAACGUUGCGCGCUCUUGGCAAUUUGUUCCUUGAGUAGUAAAAUACUCUGUCGCUGUUCAGGUGGUAGCAUGGCUAUUUGUUCAUCCGAUAACUGUAGCACUUGCAUUAUCAAAGCCGCCUAGAAUAGGAAUAAGAAUAAUUACUUGCAUAUUUAGUUAUAAAAGGCGUAUUUUCUGCACUCAAUGAGAAGGUUGGAUAUUUUCCAAAGAUGUUUAUGAAAGACAUUAAGUAUUACAAAUACCAAGUCUGUUUAGUCGUAAAUCACAUAUUUACACAUAUAAAAGUAAAAUAAAUAUAAUGUUUGAUAUUUUUUA